AUGAAGUCCAAAAAAAGGUCGCAAAUUAGAAAAGGAAAAAAUUCAACAUGCAAAUAUAAUGAUCAUGAAAAGAACAAAAAGCAUAUUACAGAGAGAACAGAUGAUUUGAAUUUGAGUCUUACAGAAGUAGAACAGAACAUAAGUAAUGUGAAAGAAGAAGAAAAUGUAUUAGUUCUUGAUAAAAGUAAUGAAUUGAAUACUAUUGCAUGCAAUGAGAAAAAUAUUGGAUUAGAAGAAAAAGAAAAUAUUAUAGUUAAUAUAAAUAAGAAUUAUGUAUCUGAAACUACUGAUAAUAUAUCAUCAGAGUUUAAAGAGACAGAAAAAAUUAUACCAGAUAUAAAUUUUGAUAAAUUAGAUAAAGAGCAUAAUAAUACAAAAGAUAAUAUUAUAGUUAAUAAUAUGAAAAAUGCGUCUGAUAAAAAAAGUGGUAUUCUCACCACGCUUUCUAGUUUAUCAAAUGAUGAACAUAUAAAAGAUAUUGAUGAAAAAGAGAUAAUUUCAGAAAAUGAUGAUAAAAAAAAUGAAUUAAAUGAAUUAAAUGAUAAUAAUAAUAAUAAUAAUAAUAAUAAUAACAUAGAAGUUACGUAUAAUAUUGAUAAUAAAGACAGUGAAACAUUAAACAGUGAAAAUAAUUUUGUUCAAGGUAAUUCAUUACCCAGUCCCAUUACAACUGAAAAUCAUCAAGAUGUAAAUAGUAAUGUGAAUAAAAGAAAAAUUAAAAAAUUAGUUGAAAAGAACCCUGAUGAAACUAACACAAGGAAAUUAAGAAAAAAAUCUGUGAAAAAGAAUAAAAAUGAUAUAAUUUAUCCUUUGAAUGGAGAAAUUGUAGAACAAAUUGAUUGUGUUAAAAAGGAAAUCACAAAUGAAAAUCUUGAGCUAAAAAAUGAGGUGUCUUUUGAAAAUAAUGAAAUGAUUGUAAGUGGUAUACAAGAUGAAAAUGUAAAAAAUUCUGAUUUUAUCAAAAAUGAAUAUAAUAAAGAAACAAAAGUUAUCACAGAAUCAAAUAACGAGUUAGAAAAUAAAAAAAUAUCAUACAAUGAAACCAACCUUUCAGAAAAUGACGCUUUGAUUGUGAUGUCAGAAAAAUCUUUAAAUCCAUAUGUGAAUAAUGAUUUAGAAAAUUCUACUGGUAGUCCUAUGAAUAGCUUUUCACAAAGUAAUAUAAAUACUGAGAAUACGUUAAUGAGUAAUAAUGAUAUUAUUAAUAAGGUCGUGCAGGAAGGAGACGUUCUUAUGGAUGAACAAGAAUCAUCACAAUUAAAUUGUGCAAAUGUUAUGAAUGUAACAUCCAAAGUGAUAAGAAGAAGGAGGAUAAGAAGUAAGAAAAAAUCAGUUGAUAAAGACAUAAAGGGUAGUAAUGAAAUUCUGUUGUUAGAAAAUAUAGAAAAUAAUAAUGCCAUCAAUAUUAGUGGUAAUGAUAGAAGAAGUACCAAUUUAUAUAUUGAAGGUGCUCAAGCUAAUAUAACUACAACUGAAUUAAUACAAGAAAAUGCUUUAGCAGUAACUUUUACAAGUGAACGUAAAAGAAGGGGGAGGAAAAAGAAAGAUCCAAAUAAUUUUGAUUUUCUAAUAGAACCACUUUCAAAAGAGAAAAGAAAUAGUGUUGUAGUCGAAAAAAGAAUUAUACCUAGAAAUAAUGAACCUAGAAGAAUUCGAAAACAUGAUACAAGGGGAAAAGAAUUAUAUGAUAAUAUGGAUGAACAUGACUUAAAUCUUGUACAUAAGUUAAGCGAAAGAAAAAGUCGAAGAAGUAAUAUUGUUAAUCAUUUAUUGCCUUUUAGAAGAUCACGAAAUUUUUAUGAUACUGAAUCAUCUGAUAAUGAUAAUGAAGAUAGAAGAAGACAUAAGAGAAGACAUAUGAACUCCUUUGAACGAUCAGAAAGAGUUAGAAAUAAUUUUAGACGUAAACAUCUAGGAAAAGAAGCAUUUUUAGAAAACGUGGAUAGAAGACUUUUUCCAAAUGAAGAUUUUAUGGUUAAAGAAGAAUUUAUGGAUAAUGUUAAUAGUUUAAAUACUGUAUUUAAUUUUAAUCAUGAGUUUUUAAAAUUUUUACGUAAAGUAAGUAGAUUUGAAGAUAUUAAUUACGAUGCCAUGUUGAAAUUUUUAGGAGAUAUACAAAUAAAAUUGUCACGUAGUAUUCGAGACGAAUUCCCUCCUGAAUUUUUUGAAACUCACCAUGCCAACGAAUCUUUUUACGCUAUGAGUCAUAUAGUGGAUAUCUUGAAUAAUAAUAAUGAAAUUUUGACCAAGUUGAACCAAUUGGAAUACAAGUUUUAUUAUGAUUAUUUAAAAAAUAAAUCAAUUGAGAAUAUAUAUAAUAGUAAUUCUAAUUCCAAUGAUAAAUUUGUUAAUAAUAAUAAACACGAAAGUGUAAACUGGAAUAUAUCAGCACGUGAUAUAACCAAUGAGUCUAGUUAUCGAAGUGGGCAAUAUCAUAAUGCUGAAGAAGAAGGCGGAGAAAUUUUUGAAAUAUCUAGGAAUGAAUGUAAUAUUCCUUCAAAUAAUUCUAAUAAUGAAUUUAAAGAUUUGGAGGAUAUAAAUAUCAAUGAAAGUCGAAGAACAGGAGGAAAGGACACCUUAGCAAAUGAUAUGAAACAGGAAUGUGAUAUAUAUGUGAAUAAUGAUACAAGUCAUAAUAAUAAUAAUAACAACAACAAUUAUGUUGGAGAUAGUAGUAGUAGUAGAACCAUCCGUCAUCGAAUUAAUCAUACGGAAAAUACUGGUGCAACAAAUAUUAAUAAAACGAAUGAUCAAUGUGUAGAUGGAAAUGAUAAGGAUAAUGAAAAUGAUGAUAUAUCUAGGAGAAUUAUGGAAUUGGAGAAGGAAAAGAAUCAUGGAACUUUAAGAGAUGAUGUACAAAAUGUUGACGCGACACAUAAAUUAAGUAUGCAGAAUAGAAUUAAUUUUGUAUGUGAUGAACUUAAUCAUUUAAUUAAAAAAACUUUAAAAAGUGAAGUGGAAACAGAUGGUAGUAAUGCCUUUGGUAGACGAUAUGAAAAUAUAUCGGAAAGAACAUUAUAUAAAGAUUAUGUAUCUACCAAUUUAUAUAGAACUAAAAUAGUAAAGGAUGAUGAAUAUACAAAUGAAGGAAUACAAGGAAAAAAAGUUGAAGAAGAUAAUGGGAAAAGAAGAAGAAGGAGAAGAAGACGAAGAAAAGGUGAAGGAAAUAAUGAAAAUAUUGUGUUUUCAUUAAAUAAUAAUGAUACAAAAAAUAUGGAAGGAAUUAUGUUGGACAAAUAUUCAGAUUAUUUCAGAAAGUUAAAUGAAAUAAGUCCAAAUAGAAUAGAAAAUGAAAGAAAUCAUGAUAAUAAUAAUCGUGAAGAAAGUAGUUGUUCAUCAUCAGAUGAAUCGUCCAAUUACAAUUUUGUAUGUACAAAAAGAAAAAAUGAAAAUAACAACAACUUGAACAAAAAAGAUAUUAGCGAGAACAAGGAAUAUGAGAACAAUAAGGAUAAACUUAAUUUGACUUUUGAAUGUAUUAAUGAAGUUCAUAAUGAAAAAGAGGAAAAUGCAGAUAAAAAUGAACCUAAUAAUUUAAGUAAAUUAAAAUUUAAUAAUAAAGAAGAUGAAGAAUUUAAAAUCAAUAAAGAAAAUGCUAAUAUGAAUUUAGACAAUGUGUUAAAAAAUGAUAAUAUGAAAGAAAAAAAUGAAAAUCACAACAAUGAUGAAAAUAAGGAUAAUAUAUCAAGUGAUAUGAUGGAAUGCUGUAAGGUGAAGGAAGAAAAAAUUGAUACAAAAAAUGGGAAUAAUACAUAUUUUACAAAUAAUGAGACAAGAAAAGAUAUAUUAGAAGUACAUGAGUUAAAUCAUAAGGAAAAAGAUUUUGUUAAUCAACCUAAUUGUACAUUACAAGAUAUAAUAUUGGAUAAUACUAAAAACAAUAACGAAAAUUAUAAUUUAGAAAAAGGAGAUGGAGUAAUAGACGAUGAACAUGCAGGUACAACUGACAAAGAAGAGGAAGAUAAUGAAAACAUAACGCAUGGAGAUAGUGUUUUAAAUGACAAUGAUGUUGUCAAUAUGAAUAAUAAUACUACGGAAUCAGAAAGAAAUAGAAGAUCAACACAUAUUAAUAAUAAUGAUUCCUUGGUAAGAAUAGAAUGUGCUCAUUCCUUAAGAUAUCCAACAGAACACCAAGAAUUUCAUAGUACCCAAGAAGAUUUUUGGAAAACAAAAGAAUUUAAAAAAAAUUAUACAGAUUGCUACAAUUUAAAUAUAGAUUGUAAUGCUGCUAUUGAGAAUAUGACCAGAUAUGAACGUGAACAAACUAUUAGCAAUUUACUAAAAGAUACAUUUAAUCUUAAGGAUGAAGAUUAUUCUAAUUUAAAUAUGGAUAAAACACAAAAAGAAAUUUUAAACUGCUUAAGAAUGAUAUCUAGAAUUAAAAAAAUAUUUUUUGAUGAAUGCUCUAAAAUGAUAAAUAAUCAAAUAUCAGUUCUAGAAAGAAAUUAUAGAAUUCCGGACUGUUCAUUGACCUUAUUAAAAAACACAUUUGGAUAUAAUGAAAAUGAAAAUUGA